UUUCUCCGGUGCGAAUUUGAUUUCUUUCCCUUCAUUCACCUUUCAGAAAGAGGUUAAAGAGACGGCACCGUUUGCUGUCCGCCUUGACUGAGCCACUGGUUCGUCUUGGCCCUCGAUUUUGCUCUCUGAAUUUUGUAGACUCAGACUCAGACAUCAUCAAUGGCGGUCAAACCUACCAAGGCCGAGAAGAAGGUCACGUACGAUGCGAAGCUGUGCAAGCUCUUGGACGAGUAUUCUCAGAUCCUUGUGGUGAACGCCGACAACGUCGGAUCCAACCAGCUGCAGGACAUCCGCAAGGGCCUCCGUGGCGACACGGUGGUGCUCAUGGGAAAGAACACCAUGAUGAAGCGCUCCGUUAGGAUUCAUGCUGAGAACUCAGGCAACAAUGCCUAUCUCAACCUUAUCCCUCUUCUUGUCGGCAAUGUGGGGUUGAUUUUCACAAAAGGUGACUUGAAGGAGAUUAGCGAAGACCUUGCUAAGUACAAGGUUGGAGCUCCUGCUCGCGUUGGUUUGGUUGCUCCAAUUGAUGUUGUUGUUCCUCCUGGCAACACUGGGCUCGAUCCCUCUCAGACCUCUUUCUUCCAGGUGCUCAACAUUCCAACCAAGAUUAACAAGGGUACUGUGGAAAUCAUUUGCCCUGUGGAACUCAUCAAGAAGGGAGACAAGGUCGGCUCUUCUGAAGCUGCAUUGCUUGCCAAGCUAGGCAUAAGGCCCUUCUCAUAUGGUCUUGUGGUGCUUUCGGUUUAUGAUAAUGGUUCAGUGUUUAGCCCUGAGGUUCUUGAUCUUAGUGAGGAUGACCUCGUUGAAAAGUUUGGUAUUGGUGUCUCAAUGGUUACUUCACUUUCGUUGGCGAUCUCGUACGCCACACUUGCAGCUGCACCGCAUAUGUUUGUCAAUGCAUAUAAGAACGUUCUUGGUGUAGCAGUUGAGACAGAAUAUUCUUUCCCUCGGGCAGACAAGGUUAAGGAGCUCUUGCAGGACCCAAGUAAAUUUGCUGUAGCUGCUUUUGCCGCAACUGCUGCAAAUUCUGGUGCUUCCCAAGCUGCUGCUGCCGAGGAAGAGGAAAAGAAAGAAGAGCCAGUCGAAGAAUCCGACAAUGACAUGGGUUUCAGUUUGUUUGACUAAUUUUAUGUCUGGUUGUCUUGGAGUUUGGUUUA